AGUUCUGAUACAGACAGGUAAAAGAAUGGUCACCUUCCUUGUUUGGUAUUAGUAGCUGAACUUCCACUGAGGCAGUUCAUGCUCUAAUCCGCUCUUCCGGACGGCUUUUUUGUCCGUUUUUUGCCUUGGGAAAAAAUCAGCCACACGCAGUGUGGAAAAACGUGUAUCAUACGCGACGCCCCCACAGUGUGUAUGUGCGAAAAGGUGGAAAUUCCCUGUGAUUUUCCGCGUGAAAACUUCUUGUGCAUUUUCUGUGAUUUGUCUUUUUGAAUUUUGUGUGGACAAUUGUAUGCAAAAGAUGCCUUCCAGCGAGGAGACUGUUGCUGCUGAUCUUCUCUACAUUGACGUAGGAGAUCACAAUGAUUGCGGAGACUCUGUGUUUCCGGACACACCGGGAAGUGCCAAUGGGGAGAAUGGUUCAAUGGACUUUGGUUGCCCAGCCUCACCGACUACGGUGCCCCAUCAGUCGUGGAAAGGUGCCCAGACGCGUUCACCGCGCCCACGACGCCAACGCACCACAUCGAUGAAUCAGACAACAACCAUAAGUUCGUCUGAGUCAAUUAUUCGUGCCCACAAUCGUACCAUUUACACAGCUGGUCGUCCCCCGUGGUACAACUAUGCCGGCCAGCAGGUUGAGCCCUUCGUCAUUGGGAUCUGCGGUGGAUCAGCAUCGGGGAAGACGACGGUGGCACAAAAGAUUAUUGAGAGUCUCGAUGUGCCCUGGGUGACGUUGCUCUCAAUGGAUUGCUUCUACAAGAUUCUCAAUGAGAAGCAACAUCAUCAAGCAGGACUCAAUGAGUACAAUUUUGACCAUCCCGAUGCAUUCGACAUUGACCUAAUGGCAGAAACGCUGAAAAAGCUCAAAGAGGGCCGUAAAGUUGAAGUUCCUGUUUACAAUUUCGUCACACAUUCACGUGAAGUGACAACAAAAACAAUGUAUGGCGCUAACGUGAUCAUUUUUGAGGGAAUUCUCGUGUUUCACAGCCCUGACAUCCUCAAGAUGCUCGAUAUGAAGGUAUUUGUGGACACAGAUGCCGACGUAAGGCUAGCGAGGCGACUGAAGAGGGACAUUAGCCAGCGUGGCAGAGAUCUCGAAGGAGUUCUCAAGCAGUACUCAACAAUGGUGCAACCAUCCUACAUUAACUACAUUGCACCGAGUAUGGCGCAUGCGGAUAUUAUUGUUCCCCGCGGUGGGGAAAAUAAAGUGGCCAUCCAACUUAUUGUUCAACAUGUACACACGCAGCUACAGCUGCGUGGCUUUAAACUGCGGGAAACCCUGGCACAGUCCUACAUUGGGCAACCAAUGCCGGAAUCACUGCAUUUACUGCCAACGACGCCCCAAGUUAAGGGGCUGCACACAUUCAUACGCAAUCACGCCACCCCCCGCGAUGAAUUCAUCUUCUACUCAAAGCGCCUUAUUAGGCUCGUGAUUGAGUACGCCCUGGGAUUCCUGCCGUUCAAGGAUGUGAGUGUGGAGACCCCACAGGGGGUGUCGUAUGCCGGCAAACGCCUUGGGAGUGAGAAACUCUGCGGCGUAUCAAUUCUGCGGGCGGGUGAGACGAUGGAGCAGGCAGUUUGCGACGUUUGCAAGGACAUUCGCAUUGGGAAGAUUCUCAUUCAGACAAAUCAGACCACCGGGGAGCCAGAGCUGUACUACUUAAGAUUGCCAAAGGAUAUAAAAGACUACCACGUUAUCCUGAUGGAUGCCACCGUGGCCACAGGAGCGGCUGCCAUGAUGGCAAUACGGGUGCUGCUCGAUCACGACGUCCCCGAGGAGAAUAUCCUCCUUGUGUCGCUCCUUAUGGCCGAAAUUGGGGUCCAUUCAAUUGCAUACGCCUUCCCAAAUGUCCGGAUUGUCACAUCAGCCCUCGAUCCGGAGAUUAAUGAGAAAUUCUACGUAAUUCCGGGCAUUGGGAAUUUUGGCGAUCGCUACUUUGGCACAGAACCAUCCAUUUGAGGAAAGCUGCCUAAUGGAUUUACUUAAGUCUCAUUUUUUUUAAAGUCUUAUUUUUCAUUUAAAAGAACAACAAAAAAACCCGCACAUGAUGCAAUUUCUUCUUUUUUAUUACUACAAUUGAUCCCCCACAAAGGGUGAAGAAAACAAUGUAAUUUAUGAAGUGAAAAUUAAUAAAAAUUUUCAAGCAAUUGA